AUGAAAGCUAAGUUAGUGCCGAAAGCAGCAGCAGCAGCAGCUUCAACAAUGCACAGCAAAAUCGAAACCAAGCUACGCACCGUCAGCCACGCCGGCCUACUCAUCGGAACACCGAUUUAGGGUUCUUCUCUCGCAUUUCGAUCAGAUCCAAUUAGUUUCGGUAACUUCCUCACCACUGAUUUACUCGAAGGAAAACGUGAGGUAUUUUUGAUUUCGUCAUUGAUUCUAGGUGUAAACUUGAUGAUUCGAUGGUCAGUAACUUUAAAUUUGAGUAAUUAAUAAGUAGAGUAUUGAUUUUACGAAUUGCGAUGGAUGAAGGCAGUCAAAAAUUGAUUUCCGUAAGGGAACUGUUGAAAGCCAAUGUAGAGGAAUCCAUGGCUUUAGGAUUGUCUCUGCAAAAGUCUGAGAUUAGGUUAACCGAAAUUAGGCAAAGGCUGCCUUCAUUGGAGGUGUCCGUACAGCCAAUUCGUUGUGAGCGUGACGCUCUCGAUGCAGUCGGAGGUCACAUCGAUCGAGCAGUUGUUCCAUCGACUGCUGUUCUGAAGGUUUUCGAUGCAAUCCAUGGGCUUGAGAAGUCGUUGCCCGAUCCAGAGAAUGAUCUCCAGGGGUACCUCGGCGUGCUGCAACGCCUUCAAGAGGCAAUUAGGUUUUUGGGGGAGAAUUGUGGAAUGGCAAUCCAAUGGUUGGGAGACAUCGUGGAGUAUUUGGAGGAUCAUAACGUCGCCGACGAGUCGUUUAUCUUCGGAUUAAAGGAUUCGUUGAGUAGUCUUGUUGACGUCGAGGGGGGCGAGGAGAGAGGCUGCCUUGAUGGAGGACUACUCGAGGCUGCGCUCGAUCAGUUAGAAAAUGAGUUUAAGCGUCUGCUAAUGGCGAACACGGUGCCAUUGCCGAUGUCAUCUCCGGCCAAACAAGCUUGCAUCGCGCCGUCUCCAUUGCCGGUAGCUGUUGUUCAUAAGUUGCAGGCGAUAUUAGGAAGAUUGAUUGCACACGGUCGUCUCGAAAAGUGUGUGUCGGUUUAUAUCGAGGUUAGGAGCUCGAAUGUUCGGGCAAGUCUGCAGGCGCUUGGAUUGGACUAUCUUGAAAUAUCUGCGUCCGAAUUCGAUGAUGUCGGUAGCAUCGAAGGCUACAUAUCGCAGUGGGGAAGGCAUUUGGAGUUUGCGGUGAAGCAUCUUUUCGAAGCGGAGUAUAAACUCUGCAACGAAGUGUUUGAACGGAUAGGAACGGAUGUUUGGAAGAGCUAUUUCGCGAAAAUUGCUGCGCAGGCGGGAAUUCUCGCGUUUCUAAAUUUCGGUAAAACGGUUACCGAGAGUAAGAAGGAUCCGAUCAAGCUGCUGAAACUCCUCGACAUUUUUGCUUCAUUAAGCAACCUGAGAUUAGACUUUAACCGUCUCUUUGGGGGCGGGACCUGCACCGAGAUCCAAAACUUGACUCGGGAUUUAAUUAAAAGGGUGAUCGAAGGCGCCUGCGAGAUUUUUUGGGAGCUUUUGGUUCAAGUCGAGUUGCAAAGACACACGCCGCCGCCUUCCGACUGCAGCGUACCUCGAGUGGUGGCUUUUAUUACGGAUUACUGCAAUAAGCUUCUCGGAGACAACUACAAGCCGAUACUUACGCAAAUUUUGGUCAUCGAAAGAAGUUGGAAGAACGAAAAGUUCCAAGAGAGGAUUCUUCUAACCGAGCUUCUCAAAUUAGUUUCGGCAAUUGGAGUGAACUUGGACAUGUGGGCUAACGUUUACGACGAAGCUGCAAAGUCCUAUCUGUUCUUGAUGAACAAUCAUUGGCACUUGUACAAGCAUCUGAAAGGCACUAAGCUAGGCGGUCUUGUUGGCGAUUCUUCGAUGAGGGAGCAUGAGCAAUACGCAGGGUAUUACUUCAGCAUGUUUUUACACGAGAGUUGGGGAAAACUUCCUGCUCUUUUAAGCCGGGAAGGACUGAUCAUGUGUUCUAGUGGACGUGCGACUGCUCGUAAUUUGGUGAAACAACGGUUGAAAUGUUUCAAUGAAGCGGUUGAUGACAUGUUAAGGAAGCACACAAGCUUGACCGUUGCUGAUAAAGAUUUGCGGGAGAAGACUUGCCAGGCUGUAAUUCAGACGAUUGUGCCUGUUUACCGGAGCUACAUGCAGAAUUAUGGACCAUUAGUCGAACAGGACCAGAGUGCGAGCAAAUACAUGAAGUAUUCUGCGUUGUCUUUGGAGCAGAAAUUGGGCUGUCUUUUCUAUCCGAGGCCGGCGAAGUGUAACAGUUUAAAGGCGAGGCAUCCGAGUGGGAAACUCAACAAUGGUGUCAUGGAGUAAUGGCAAACCUCGCCAAUGGUUUAAGCGAAAUAUAUUUGAAAGGUUUACAGCCGGUGUGUAUAUAUUGGCGAAAUACUUUUCUGGGACAAUGUGGCGUAUUUUUCGACAACGAGGUUUUUUCCAUCCUUUUAUACAAUCAAAUUUAUUGGCAAUAUUUGAGUUAGUUUCAUGUUCUUAUUUUUUCGCAAUGGUAAUAAAUCUUCUUUCGUUUAAUGAACACACAAAUUGUGUAGUUGUUAGUUACUUGAGAUUACGUUGGUUCUGAGGCUCGAUUAGCAGUUCAAUUUCAUUAGGUAACGGUAUUAUGGGAAUUUGGUAGCUGUAAAACUUGUAAAUGUAAGAAUUGUCGAAGGAAAUCAUUGUUACAAUAGAAAUGCAUUCCUUGUUCAUGUUCGAUAUCUCUGCUGAUUCUCUUUCUGUAUUCGUGUUUUAACUUGGCUAUCUCUGAUGUGUAAUUGAUUUCUGUAAAUGGAUAGUAUGAAUCUUGAAUGUUGCCUAAUGUCGAAUUUAGUUGCAACUAGUAGUGAUUAGUUUGAGGAUUUCUUGUCCUCAAACUGCGAUCUAAAGUAGUUAAUGGUUAUAAUGCCGCAACUUUAAUUUACAUCUUUCUCUAGAGACUACUUAUCUGCCAUAAAUGCCGCAGUAUGAAUCCUUAAAUGAUGCUAUAAGAUCAAAGACUUAGCUAGCUAAAUCGAGAGGUAACGGUUGUAUUUUUGUUGCUUUAUUUUCGAAAUCAGCGUUAGUGCCGAAGUAAAUAGAAUGCAUCUUAGUUAGGUAGACCGUUCGCCAUCACACACUACACACACGACACGGUGUCUUGCAUUCUCACCAAUGCAUGCGAUCGAAGCUCCACCUGUUGAAAUUCCACGCCAUGCGCAAUCAAUCCGCGCCACGCCAUCGAGGCAAGCGUCGCUCGUCGAUUGACCGCAUGCAAGAAAUUCGACACCUGUUGCUCCAUCUCCGCCUAUAAAAGACGCGCCCCCCCUCUCGGGGAUUCACAACCACACUUAUUCACAAUCCAAUCAAUUCCGACGGUGUUUAAGUCUCUCGUGCCGCAACAAUGAUUCCCGGAGGAGAUCCCUACAGUUCACCAGGCGACCGCCGGAUUUUCCUAAUCCGGCAUCCUCCCAUGAUGAAGAUGAACAUACUCCAAUCGAGGAGGAUUAUAUAUACUCACACACCAGGCAGUCGAAUUCCCGGCUGCCUUGGGUCUGCCUGGUGUGUCUGAACCACUCCCGCCUGUAACGUUAGUUGUUUUUCAACAUUAUUCUCUCCGAGCAUAGAACACUUGCAUGUAACGACGCAUACAUAGAUAUAUAUAUAUAUAUAUAUGAUCUUGCAGGCGAGGCCUAUCCAGAUAUUACAACGAGGAUGAUGCAUGGACGGCGAGGAGAAAGAGCGGGUGCCUCUUCUUCUUGGGCCUCCAUAUCUGGGAGGGCCUCGCUUUUGACGGGAGUAAUGAAUGCAGUGGCAGAAGAAGCAGCUGCUGCAGAUCAAAGCUGUCCCUGUCUCCGCCAUGGCAGGAGAGGAAUACAGACCUCUCCCUGCAACUUCCAUGGCCGGCACCGGCGGAAGAGUUCUAUGCUCAGAUUCAGACUCGUGUUGCUGUUACAGAACUCUUUUCUGUUUGUUUGUUUGAUUUUGUUCAUUGAGUUUGUAUGAAAGUUGGUUAGUUGAUUCAUUGGUUGUAAUGUUUUGAGAUAUUUUUUAUGUAGUUUUUAAAUGAAUUAUAUUUGAUUUUAAUAAUAUAUAAUAAUAAUUUAAUCAAAAUAUAUAUAUAUAUAUAUAUAUAUAGUGGGGAGGGGGUGAGCGGUUACACUUACAGAAGUAAACACAGCUCGAUUAGUGCGAUACCAUUCCGAUCGGAGCGACGGCUUGACGGAAAGCAGCCUGUACUGGUCGGUGGCGCCGCGCCGGUGGAGUUGUGACGGAGUUUGGGAACUCGACGUCUGUGUCAAAAUUUUGGUCCAUGCACAACCUAUACGCGCCACGCAUCGAUGUACGUGUCGCAUAUUUGCGCGCUGCAUGUGAGAAAUUCAACACGUGUCCGCCCUCCUUUGCUUAUAAAUAACAUCUCAAGCGUUCGAGCUGUAUGCUUGAGUCAAUCCAGAUGCAAUUUCAGUCUCUUGUUCUCUUUCGAUGAUGUUUGGAGGAGAAGCAAUAGUAUACGCUGCAGCACUUGCAGUAAUCAAUGUGCGAUGGAAAGUGGCCAUAGUCGCAUUACUGCACCACCUCCUGGAAAUGUCGAUUGUUUCCAUGGAUCGGAUGCUAUCGAAUCAUUACGACUUAAAAGUUUACGUUCGGCGAGUGGCUCAAGAACGGCACAUGGGUGUCGAUGAGCCAAUGUCCUCUCAGUCCAAAUCGGACACAAACAAGAGACCUUCUUCACUAGGCGUUAUGAACUCGUGGAGAAGGGUCAAGGGAGGGAUAUAAGCUCGGCCGAUUGCCAGCUCCCCAGCUCGGAAAUAAAGAGCUAUCUGAGAAGUUCCAGCGCCAAAGAACUCGACCUGGUGGAGCCUCUACAAUGAGGAUGAUGGCUUCUCUGGCCUCAUUCGCCAUCACUGUAGCUCCGCAGCUGGGGCUAUGCUGGCAUGGAUAAAGAGUCGAACCCGACGUUCGACCAGAUGAAACCCAUUGCCGAAAGGUAUAUCGAGCUCCCUCUCCGAAGAUGCUCUGGGUUUCGUGGGAUCUCCGAAGCCGUAUCCCCGUGUCUCGAACCGGAUCUCUCGCAUCCAGUUCGAGACACUUCGGAAAUUCACUUGUCAUAGGAAUGGGGACGGAAACAACGAUUUCGCUACGGAAUCUAGUGAAGUUCCAAUGCAAUAAGAUAACGUCGGUAUUCAGUUCGAGGCACCUUGAAAUCCCGCUCGUCGAGGAACCGUUUCAAUGGUCUCGCUACAGAAUCUAGUGAAGUUCCAAUGCAGUAAGAUAACGUCGGUAUUCAGUUCGAGACACAUUGAAAGCCCGUGUGUCGCGGAACCAUUUCGAUGAUCUCGGACAAUCAAAAAAGUUACGUUCAAAAUAUCACAUCAAAUACUUCCCUCGGCCGCAAGUGCGGCCACGAACUCCUCAAUGCUCGUAUCUGAGCUCCCCCCUUCAUCCAUGGCUUCCCGCGCCAAUUCCUUCCAUUUCGUCGCGUUCCUCUUCAUCUCCUCGCUCUCUGUUGCCUCCUUAACGCACUCGGCAACAGUGUUGCGCCCCACCACCCCGUUUUCCCCGGCCACGACCCUAACUCCUGUUCCCCACAUAUCUUUUAUGUACUUGGCAUUCGUCGGCUGAUCCGUCCACUGUGGCAUUGCCACCACUGGCACGCCGAGGCUCAGCGCCUCCAGCGUCGAGUUCCAUCCACAGUGCGUGAUAAAGCAGGCGGUUGCCACGUGGCCUAAUAUAUCUAGCUGUGGGCCCCACGGGACAACCAACCCAUUCUCCGAUUGGGUGAACCCCUCUGGCAGCUUCGACUGCUCCGCCAGCCGGACCACCCAUAAAAAGUGGCGGCCGCUGAGUUUCAGGCCCCACGCCAGCUCCUCCAUCUGGUCGGGGCCUAAUUGAGCCAGACUCCCGAAAGACACGUACACGACGGAGUUAGGGUCACGGCGGCUUAGCCAGUCGAGGCAGGUGGCGGUGGCUGGAGCGUACAUGUUCAGGCCGUAGUCACGGUCGCCGGAGAGGCGCUUGUCCAAGUGCAUUGAGGGUAUUGCCGGACCGAUCGCCUUUACCGGCAAUGAAAGCUUCUCCAUGUAAUCAAUUACCUGAAAAUUGUUAUUAUAUGAAUAAAUUUCCAUUAUUGUUCUGAUUUUAUUUUUUCGAUAUAUUAUUGAUUUUGUUCCUUUACUGUCUA